AUGGAUCCCGGCAAUGACAAGAUGCGGAUAUAUGUAUGCUAUGUCCAAGUCGCUACUAGCAGUCAAGUGCAAGACACCAUUCUUGUGCAUGAUCCGGAUUCCACCGAGAGGUGUACACCUCGCGACCAAGCACCAGGCGUCAACACUAUCGCCGAGCUCGAGAAGCAGAUCGCCGAGGAGCAGGCCCGCCUCGAGACCCGCUCUCAUGACAAGCACGACAAGUCGACCGCCCAGCUCCAGAUCGCCAGUGCCGGUAGCUACUCAUAG